AUGGGAGCGAGCAAGAAGAGUAAGAAGAGCAAGGACAAGGGGGGCAAGGCGAGCAAGGGCAAGGCGAGCAAGGGCAAGGGAAGCAAGGGCAAGGCAAGCAAGGGCAAGGCAAGCAAGGGCAAGAAGAGCGAGAAGGGCAAGAAGGGCAAGAGCAAGAAGGGCAAGAAGGGCAAGGGCAAGGGCAAGGGCAAGGGCAAGAGCAAGGACACGUCGUCGUCAACUCCCUCGGCAGGCGUCAUUCACGACCACCAUCCCGCCACAGAGGUCUCCAAGGAGAUCCUGGAGAAUGCUGGUGCUGUGCUCGGGACGGGUGUGCCCAUGAGGCCGGACGAUGCAAAGCACUUCCUUGACCACAUUGGUGAGGGAGAUCUCGACUAUGACAUGGCACUGGCGUUCAAGUCCAAGCUCGCGACGAAGGACAAGAAGGUCCAGGUCUGUGCUUACUUUGAUGACCACGGCGACAUUGUGCUGGCGGUCGAGCGGCGGCUGCGGCGCAAGACUGUCUCGCACAAGUCGAACAAGGGCAAGGGCAAGGACAAGGGCAAGGGCAAGAAUACUGGUUCGAAGAAGGGUAAGGGCUCGAAGAAGGGCUCAAAGAAGGGCAAGGGCAAGGGCAAGGGCAAGGGCAAGGGCAAGGGCAAGGGCAAGGGCAAGGGCAAGGGCAAGGGCAAGAAGAAGAGCAAGAAGUGAUGUCUGCUCCCCUCCCCUCCCCCUCCGCCCAUUCCCCCUCCGCCCCUCCCCCACUCCCCGCACCAUCUGUUCAUCGC